AUGUAUGACUCGCUGGGAUUCACCCAAGUUUCCUACGGCCGUCGACGCCAAAACAAGCCCAAGCAAUCAAGCCCGCCUUGCCGACGAGACAACAACGGUUGGCAAGAGGGUGAAAUUGCGUUCCUCAAGCCACACAACGAAUUCAGUCCGGCGGCAAGAAACGACCUGAUCCGUAGUGGCUAUCUGGAAGUAAAGGCGAGCGGACACCCUGUAAUUGUCCUGGAGAAGUCGAAGGAUUCGAGCCACUAUCUAGUUACCACCAUCUCGGCAUAUGGCUCUGGAUCCUUCAAUGACUAUCUCCCGCCGUGGAAGCAGGCCGUUCACCGCUACAAGGACCGCUCUGCUUUUCGUGCGUUCCAGGGCUCGGUUAGGCCAAAUUGCCAUCGCAAGUAUCUUGAACUCGAAGGCAACGCCGCUCUACCGAAGCCAGAAACGUCAUGGGUCUACGCUCGAAGCGCUUUCGUGGUUCCUUCCUCAACCCUUAAGAAGUUUAAUAAAGUUGAGAAGGGAACUCGAUUAGCUAAAGAGAGCCUUAUGGACCUCCUUGAUCACUUCCGGGAGAAUCCUCAGUUCCAUCAACGCUGGACUCACCCGACGAUUGUCAAGAUGCUUCAAUCGAAGCCGGAAAGCGGUAGCCCCUCAGGAAACCCGAAGCCAAGAUUUCCAACGACAGCAACAUCGCCCGUGCUAUGGUGCCGUCUAUGA